CCCCCCCCCCCCCCAUUUUCGUUCUUGUUUUAGCCUGUUAAAAGGUUCAAUCUUUGUUCAAAGAUUUUCGGUUUGAUUAUGUUAAAGAGGAUUUUUCUGAAAGAAGUGUAGUUGAUUGAGGAAAAAGGUGAUAUUUUGGAUCAAUGGGUGGGUAUGGUUUGGCUGUUUUCUGCUUGAGUUUAAAGGUCAUGGUGGGACUUUUCUUGAUUUUGGCCAUUCGUAUGGUGGAUGGGGCUAAUCCUAAGGAUGUUGCUGCAAUGAAUAAUUUUUAUGCUGCUUUGAAAUCCCCUCCUCUACCCGGGUGGAGUGUUGAUGGAGACCCAUGUAAUGGAAAAUGGCAAGGCGUUCAAUGCGAGGGUACAAACAUAGUUUCAAUUAUCAUCAAUGGUGCAAAUUUGGGCGGUGAAUUGGGCAAUAACUUAGGAUCAUUUUCCUCGAUAAAAAAAAUAGAUCUGAGUAACAACCACAUUGGAGGCGCAAUUCCAUCCAAUCUUCCGGUUACGCUGGAUAACCUGUUUCUUUCAGAUAACGAGUUUACUGGAAAUAUUCCUGAUUCCUUAUCUUCCCUGUCUCAACUAUCAGCUAUGUCUCUAAAUAACAACCAUUUGACUGGAGAAAUUCCCGAUUCCUUUGAAGGCCUCGUCCAUUUGAAGAACCUAGAUUUAUCUAAUAACAAUUUAAGUGGGAGAUUACCACCAUCGCUAGGAAAUCUGUCCUUGGUGACUCUUCAUUUGCAGAAUAAUCAGAUUUCUGGAACCCUUGACGUUUUACAAGAUCUCCCACUUCAAGAUUUAAAUAUAGAAAAUAACCUGUUUUCCGGACCCAUACCUCAGAAGCUCUUGACUAUUCCAGUUUUCAAGAAAGACGGGAACCCUUUCAACAGUAGUAUUGUUCCUUCACCUCCGCCAACACCAUCUCCAGCACCACCCUCUGAUAAAAGACCUGGAAAACAGGUUGAUGGGCCAUCGCCAACUGAGCAGCCAAACUCCAAGAAAAGCAAAAUUUCAGCGGCUACAAGAAGGAUAGUUUGGAUUUCAAUUGUGGCAGUAAUAUCAUUUAUAAUGUUGGUUUUAGCAAUCCUGCUUUGUUUGGCGAAGUGCUUUAAGAAAAGGCAAGAUACUCACAGAAUUCCUAGUCGGCUUGAAAUCGCUCCACCUGUGGCAUCAAGAAUGAGCCCAAGUGAUAAUGGUUCCAUGGUCCAACCUGGCCAUGAUUUAAAGAAAGCAACUCCUCCAGUGGUUACAUCAAAAGAGGAGCAUCAACCAAACAGACCUGAGGUAACUGCAGAAAACGUGAGUGCUAUACCAAAGGACAGCCACGAGAUUAACAUUAGCCGAUUUGAUAUUGAUGCAAUUCCACCACCGCCUCCUCCUCUGGCUCCGACAGAAGAGAGGGUUAUUGAAAAUUCAAUUUCUCAUGUACAAGAAACCGUAGCUAAGCCUCCAAUGAGACGACUUCCACCAACGUCUGUGAACUCCUACACAAUUGCAUCUCUUCAGCAAUACACCAAUAGCUUUUCCCAAGAUAAUCUUAUUGGAACGGGAACACUUGGCACUGUGUAUAAGGCAGAGCUUCCUCGUGGCAAGUUGCUUGCUGUGAAGAAACUGGACAAAAGAGUCUGCAAUCAGCAAAAGGAUUAUGAGUUUAUAGAUCUGGUAAACAACGUUGAUAGAAUACGCCAUGCUAAUGUUGUUGAACUCAUGGGUUACUGUGCGGAGCAUGGUGAAAGGCUCCUGGUCUACGAGUAUUGCAAUAACGGGACACUGCAGGAUGCACUGCACAACAAUGAUGAAUUCAAGAAAAAUCUUUCAUGGAAUAUGCGCAUCACGAUGGCCCUUGGAGCCGCAAGAGCCUUGGAGUAUCUGCACGAGAGUUGUGAACCGCCAGUUGUUCAUAGAAACUUCAAAUCGGCAAAUAUUCUCCUUGACGAUGAGCUUGCUGUUCAUGUAUCCGAUUGUGGUUUGGCUCCGUUGAUAUCAUCAGGGGCUGUGAGCCAGUUGUCAGGACAACUUCUUACAACCUAUGGUUAUGGUGCCCCCGAAUUCGAGUCAGGGAUUUAUACGUUAAAGAGUGAUGUUUACAGUUUCGGAGUUGUAAUGUUGGAGCUUUUAACAGGCAGAAUGUCAUAUGACAGGACCCGGAGUCGUGGAGAGCAGUUCUUGGUCAGAUGGGCAAUACCUCAGCUUCACGAUAUCGACGCCUUGACAGGGAUGGUUGAUCCUUCUCUUAACGUAAAAUACCCUAUCAAAUCACUAUCGCACUUUGCUGACAUAAUUUCCCGCUGUGUUCAGCAAGAGCCAGAGUUCAGGCCCCCGAUGUCUGAAGUUGUGCAGGACAUCAUUCAAAUGAUAAGGAGGGAAUCUUCAAACAGAUCCGACGAUGGCUAAGAUAAUCUGAUAGUUAAUGAUUGCAAGCAAAAAAACUGAUCCACAGAAGAAUCAUGAAUCGCAGUUGAAGUUAAACUCGAGUUGAAAGACAAGCAAAAUGAUUGAUGCAAGGCCAAGGACUUGGACUCUGCAAACAUAACAAACAGAUCUUGAAACAGAAUGCGUAACCAAAUAUGGAAAUGGUGAUCGACGAUGAUGAUGAUGACCUCUGACAAAUUAUUCUGGAGUUUUGCUGCAAAGUUUGAUGGACAAUGGUUGAAGCAUUGAGCCAUUGCAGGAAGAAUAGUAGAUGGACAGAUGUUGGGUGUUGUGUGAUUAUAUUUUGUAUCAUAAUAUCAUUCUAGUUAUGUCAUUUGGAGUGCUGCAUGUUAGCCCAUGCCAUGUAAAGUUUAAACUCAAUAUUGUAUAAAAUUGUUAGCUAUUGUUAAUGUAACUAUGUAAAUAUGUAAUCUUGCACUUCCUAUGAUUGUUAUUGUUGUUGUUUACUAUUAA